UUGCUUGACUUUUUUAGCUGUUGGUGAUGAGAGAGAGUUCCAAUGGUUGCUGCUGAUUUUUUGCCCUAAUCUGACCUCAUUCAUGGACCUCCUACUCUGUUACAACCGUUAAUUUUCAUCUUAUCUACAUGGUGGAAGAAUAUUCACUUUCCAAUUGAACUUGUUAUUGACAUUGAGUGACAAAUUUUGUUGGACAAAAAAAAAGCCGAGUGCCUCCGAUUUUCGACCACCCUGUUAAAGUGAACCCUGUUUCAACUCCUUCUCUUCCCUACUAUACAGUGCCAAAUCAUUGGAAAUGAUCAUUGAGAACCCUGAAGCUCUGAAAUCGUGGCUCACAGCUGUUCUGGCUCCCUUGUGUGAUGCAGACCCUGCAGCCCUCGCCAAAUAUGUCCUUGCUUUGGCGAAAAAAGAGAAGCCAGAAUCUGAAUUGCGUGGAGCCAUGUGUGAUCAACUGGAUGUAUUUUUGCAGCAGGAGACAAAAGGGUUUGUUGACAAACUAUUCAUCACUUUGGAGACCAAAUCGUACCUGCAGUCAAACCCUGAACCCCCGUCGACACAACCAGAAUCUGCCUCGUGCACCACCGAACAGGCCAAUACAGGCGUUACUACUAACGGCCAAAAUUUAGUCAUUCCACCAGUCUCGGUCCCGGUAGUGCCACCUCCUGUUCCCGUCCUUUCGGCUACGUCAGCCGAUUCGAGGACCAAAAAAUCAUCGUCAGAUCGUACCAAGAGGAGAUCCUGGAGUCCCAGGUCACGGUCACGGUCCCGCAGUCGGGAUCGUGACCGGGACCGGCCAGUUCGACGUUCUAGAUCACGUGAUCGAUCAACUCGCGAUCAUAGAGGUGGUCGCAGUACGUGGGAUGAUCGUCGAACGAGCCGACGGAGUCCCGUCAACAGCAGACGAUCGGACCGGAGACGCUCCCGUUCCCCUUUGCCACCUCGGCGUUCGUCUCGUAGCCCACGCAGCUCACGUCGUCAACGUUCUCCGAUCCCACCACCCCCCAUCGUUGCUGCAUUAGAAACCGUGGCUGUUGCUCCCGCUCUCGGUCUGGUGCCCACUGGAGUUGCUGGAACCGAUCCAACUAUUGUAGUGGGAUUGCCUGUUCCUCCUGCAGCCAUUCAAAGCGUCGUCGUGGCCCCUCCGGCGGCUGUUCCGCAGCCACAGCUGGAACGGGGGCCCAAAUUCCGAUGCCGUGAUUACGACGAAAAAGGUUACUGCAUGCGUGGUGAUCUCUGCCCGUACGAUCAUGGCACGGAUCCGGUCGUCCUGGAAGAUGUCGAGCUGUCGUCCGUGUUGAACUAUAAUCGACCUCCACCACCAGUGGGGGCCACAGGAACUAGUGCUGCUCCCCCUGGGCCGCUACCCGUGGGUCCGCCACCUCAUCUUCGCGGACCACCUCCUAGUCUGCCCCCAUCUGGAGAACCUUACAAUCCUGAUGCUCCUGGCAUUAGCUGGCCUCCGCCGCCCUUGGUUGGCCUGCGUCCGUUGGGUCCACCACCGCCGUUUUGCCACCCACCUUCACAUCGCCUCCCGCCACCACACAUGAGAAUGCGAGGGCCAUUGCCACCACGUGGUCCACCACCGAUGGGCCUCCUAGGUUCUGCCCCUCCUCCUAGAGAACUAAUCAAUGUGCCUACUGCCGAGGAUGGCAUCGAUGCCGGUGUAAAGAGGACCGUUAGAGAAGCUGGGCUUGAUUCCGAUGGACAUCUCGUCAAGAAGGGUCACUUUGAUUACAAUCGUUUGGGUAAUCCCCCAGUUCAGCAGCAGCAACAACAACAGCAGCAAUCGACUGGACAGGCCAAUCAUGGACAACCACCUCAGCGACGCUUUGAUCCAACGAAUUGCUGCCUGGAAGUGAAAAAGAUUCCUCGAGGACUGAACAACAUUUCAGUCCUCAACAACCACUUUAGCAAGUUCGGCAAGAUAGUCAACCUGCAGGUGUCGUACAACGGAGAUUCGGAAGGUGCUCUAGUGACCUUCUCUUCUCACGCCGAGGCCCAAGCGGCCUACCGGAGUACCGAGGCCGUCCUGAAUAAUCGCUUCAUCAAAGUGUUUUGGCACAACAAAGAAAUGACUUCGCCGGAGAUGAAAGGCAAGCAGGAGAACGUUCCCCCAACCUCGAAGGUCCCCAUUAGGGAGCGGUUAGGAGGAGCACAUCCUCAACGAGUGCUAGCCCAGUCGCAAACUGCAAUCGUCGAUGAAGUGGCCAUGAAAGAAGCUUCGGAAGCCAAGGAGAAGGAAAGAGAGAAGGCCGUUGCGGCCAUCAAAAGGAGUCAGGAGAUAUUGGCAGCCAAAGAAGCGCUGAAAAAGAAGCAAGAAGAGCAAAAGAGGGAGGCUACUAAAUUGCAGGUGGAUCUGCAACGGCGCAAGCAAGAGCUACUAGACAAACAGCUGCAACAACAAAGAGUGUUGAUUGAACGAUUGGAAAAGAACAAGAGCACGAUCAAGACGGACGAACGAGCCGCUGUGAUGCAAACAGUCCGAAAUCUUCAGGAGACGAUCGAAAAGCUGAAAAAAGAUCUUCAGACGACCAAUCCGAAUCAGGGCCAUGCCGUCAAUGCCAACGCUCCUGCCGUUGGAGCCCCUGCUCACCUAGCCAAAACUCCCGAAGAGGCCAAGAAAGAGAUACUCGAUGUGGAGAUUGAGCUUUACCAGAAGCAGAUGGAAGGAUCGGACACGACCGAGCUACAACGUCGAGUUCAAGAACUGAACUCGAUUAUUACCCAAUCGCAUCGAGGCCAUCCGAGUAUUCGACGUGGAGCCAGAAUCAGCUCCAGAGGCACCAUUCGAGGAAGAGGCCGUGGAUUGGCUGCGAGAUUAUCAGCUCGUGGGAGGGGUCGAGGUGGUUACUAUGUUGGUCCUCACGUGUCGGUGGAUCGCAGACCUACCCAGCUCAAAGUCACUGGCUUCGAACUUCAUCAACAAGGAGAUAUACUUGCCCAUUUUGCUAAUUUUGGUGAAGUGGUCGACUACCACGUGGAUGAAGAUUUCCCGGCAUUGACAAUCCGUUACAAGUCUCGGAAGGACGCCGAAAUGGCGUUGGCCCAAGGGCGCAACUUCACUGGCGCCAGCCUGACAGUCAGUUGGCACAUGCCACCCGGUUCCGUCCCCAAAGUCAAGGAUCACGUCGCUGCCGAGGAAGAAGACGACCCGAACGCCACUAGGAAUGAGGGAUCUGCUAGUGCUGAAGAGGACGACGAAGAGGAGAACGAGGGUCUGGAUGAUUUGUUAAACUACGAGGAAGACGACGAAGACGAAGAACGCUCCUGGAGGCGGUAGAAAAGUUGGAAUUUACUUUGUUUUACACAUGCUAAAUGUACGAGUUGAUGUCGAGUUACGGUACAAAAGAAAAGAAAAAAAAACUUCACCGCAAACUUAAAAGUUCAAACAAUAUUCACGAACCUUUUCGAGUCGUGAUCAUUGAUAAAGCUGAAUAAAAAAAUCUUAUGGAUUUUUCUCACCCUAAUUUCUAUGGACUAUUCAAUUUUCUGUUUUAGAAAAUAUUCUUUUUUUUUAUUGACUACCGAUGACAUAACAUUGCAGAUAACAUGGCCACUUUCUCAUCAUUUUGCUUCAAGUCACAUUCUGAAUCGAAAGUUUAGAUGCCUAGUACCCAAAUCAAAAUAUCGGUAUGGAAAAAAAAAAGAACAUGCACACGAAAUAUUUUUAAGUAGGGAAGAAAUUAUGCGGGUUUUACAAUCGACAUGAAAUAAAAGGAGGCACUGUAAUUUGGUGCGCGAAGAAUUAUGGCACACGUUGACAUUGAUUAGCGUCAAUCUAAAACUAAACAAAGAAUAAGCACUGAAGGCAAAGCUCAAUAGAGGACAC